CCAUCCCGUCCCCCCUCUCGCGUGUAGUCACUGACGACACGCAGUCAGCGUGUACAUCCGGGCCCCCGAUAAAAGACAGCAGCAGCGACUUCUGUGCGCCGUGUACUGACAUGUAACCCUGACCAGGCCAGCCUGCCGGCCUGUGUUAUUAACAAAGGUUGCUGAGCGCCAGCCGCUGUUGGAAAUGCGCCAGCAGGAAAACCUGUCAGCGGACGAAUAAAAAAAAAAAAAAAUCCCCACAGAAGUGAAAGAAAGGGCAGGCUGGCGUCGUCCUACCACUGGCUGAACUGGCUGUCAGACACAAACUGGGUUAACACGCCUCACGUCGCACACAGCCCGGUCUCGCGGGCUGACGCGAGACGGUAAGGGUGGGGGAAGGGGAAGCAGAUCGGGAAAGGGAGGGAGGAGGCAGUCACGUGAUUAUCUUGGCGGCGGAAGGGGUGGCGGGUUGGAGAGAGAGAGAAAGCGGGAGGAGGGAUUUUGUGCGUUGUGUGCGCGCGCACGCGUUGGUGUCUGCGCAGUCUCCAGCCCUUUUCUUCGAGUCGAGCCACUAGCGGAUGACGUGGUCUGGUUCGAACGUAUGUAGGUCGCCGGGGCCUUGCCGAGCUCCAAAGCAAGGAAGCGCCAACCACAAGCCAAGCUCGAGGCAUGAGCGGUGUUCACCCAACGAUCCGGACGUCCUCGCUGCUGGCGGAACACAUCGAUGCAGAGUUGAGAGACUUCAUCAGAAUUUACUAGCUUCCACUCAUUACAAGUGAUAAUAUGAAGUAGCUUGGCUGCAGCAAUGAUUGUGGACUCCUCUUCAGUUAUGCUACCAACAUUGUCUCUCAACACUCUAACAGAGAAUCAACUGUGCGAGAUCAUACCCCUGCUUGUCAAACUAGCCACCGGCAGAGGACAGCCACAGUUCAAAAGAGAUGAGGUCCAACCUAAAUGGUGGCCUGCAGAUGUGCCAUGGAUGAAUCCUGCUGCUUUACACCAGAUCUCUCAUAUUAGUAGAGCAGCUUGGAAGGAGAUGUUGCACAAAAUAGUACGCUGCUGUUAUAGUUACAGUGGACAAGAAAACUUACUAUUACAGCAUGGUCAUAGAAUUACUUCUUUGCAUGAGGCAUCUGAUGUGACCAGACACAAAGACCAGUAUGCUGAAAAACAGGGAGGCAGGGCGAUACACCUGUGCAGGGUCUGUAUGAGGCAUUUUCAGAACAGACAUGCCCUUGAGCAGCAUCAAGAACUCUCCAAGCACACUUUGACCCACAUGCCAAAGCUUGUCAGAUCAAGUGUCAGACAGUCGCACAUGGUUCCCUCCUCUCCUCAGAACCAAGACAUCCAAGUAGAACACCACAAUUCUGUGAAGGCAAAUGAUGCCACACCAUCUCUCACAGGUGUCACACAGCAUGAUCUUGGCAAGCCUAUUUUGCCUGGAUUUUGGCUUCCUAAACGAAAAUGCAGGAGACAUGCAGAAAAACAUCCCUCAGAGCAAUGCUCCCAAGAGGAGUUUAUGCUUAUUUGUGGGCUUGUGACCAGCUCUAAUGCUAGUCGCUUAAAACAUGAGGCAGAAGAGAACCUAGUGGACCUUGACUGUCAGAUAGUUGCAGUGGAAGGGCUCACCAGUGCAGCUCCAUUAUCAUCACCGCGUUCUUCCAUCUCCUUGAUGGCUCAGCUCAGCCGUCAGACGUCGCUGGCCCGAAAGAGACUCAUCUUUGAUGAGGAUGCAGACGGCAGUGACAAGGAGAAUACUGAUGUUAGUUCAAGGUCUGUCCUGCCUGCAGGCCAAGGCUCCCUGCUUGGCAUUGCCUUCUCUUCUCCUCUGGGACAACGACUGAAAAAGCAUAUAAAAAUAGACCUACCUUUGCCCAUUGUGAAUGAUGUUGAGAAAUACUGCAAAACAUUGUCAGAGAAAACUGAAUUCUUACACAAACUUCGCUUGCGACCUCUUUUGGAUUAUCCAGUGACUUUCCGAAAGAGGAAAAGGCUGAUGUGUGCCUACAAUCACACUUAUAAAUUCAACUCAGAAGAGAGGAGAGAAUUUGUGAGGACCUAUCGUACAGGCUUAAACAAAAACAGUCGCUUGCUCAGACGGCAGAUGAAAAAGUGUGUAAUUUGCUUAAGACGAGUAAGUGAGGAGGAAAUCAAAUUAUGGAGUGUGAAAAGGAGAACUAUUCUUAACCAAGAGAUUCCCAUUGAUGAUGAUAUUUCCAUUGUGCAGGUGGACAUUCCAGAGUCUAGCUACAGAGCUGUGUGUCAGCAGCUGCCGGUGAUCACGCCUAUCCAUCAAAAGAACUGUACAAAGGUGAGCAAUAGUGCUGAUGAAGGUUCCAAGGUUAUUUCCAGAGAAUCAUCAGGCAACUCACUUCACCAUUACCCUACAUCUGUUCAUUCUAGCAUUGCCCCACAGAGAUCACAGUUUCUUGUUAAGAAAGUGAGCAAGAACUUUAAUGGACAAGAGUCACAGAAACUAUUUUUUGUGCCGCUUGAAGAAUCUCACUUUCAUGAUAGACCAAAAGCUUCAGUGGAUCACCAUAAACCAAAUUGCAGCACUUCACAGGAACCUCAUUUAUGGCAGACUAAAAAGUCUUUGGAAACUACUAACCAUAAAGCAGAGGCUGUUCCUAUGUCAGGAGACAGUAAACCUAAAAUAAGAAGAGUGCGAAAGCAGCUUCUAAGUCGCAGAAAAGAUUUUGGGGUAGAAGACAAUGAUAUUACCAUUGAAAGCUGCUCUUCAUCUGAUGAGGAUAUAAGACUUGCAGAACAGGGAAGGCAAUGCACUCAUAAAGCAGAUCUCACUUCAAGCACGUUGGGUGUGUCUUCAUCUCUUUUGUGCAAAAACAUUGUUCCAUCGACAGAUAAAGUGAAAACAGCUUGCUCACUAAAAGCCGAGUCCACACAAACCUGUGUUUCAGCAGUAUCUCCUGCACCCAUUGAAAGACAUGCAGAUCAGGUGUCACUGCCUUGUGAAACUAGUAGCUUUAAAUCUCCAGACAUGCACCGUUUAAACCCUGCGCCUUCCAGAAGCACACAACACAGCAGACAAGAGUUGGUCUCAUGCACUCUGACCAGAGCAAGUUUCAGUGGUGGAGAGAGCAAACAGUGGGUGGGAUCAAAAUCAAAUGCCAGCACAGAGACAAUUCCUGACAUGCACCUGAGUGCUUACAAUGUACGAGGCUCAAAGCUUAGCAAUGGCGAUGUCCAUCUCAGCAUUGAUGCUGUCUACAGUGCUGCCGACCUGAGCGAUAAACAGUUUGCUGCCUCUCUUGGAUUGCAGUUUUCAGAACCUUUGCAAGAAGAGCUGCAGCAAGCCCCACCAAAUUUUCUCCAUUUAUCAUCUCCACCCAUUUUUCCUGGGCAUGCUUGCACAGAUACUGAGCGUUUCCGCAUUUCUUCAAGCAAGCCUCCGGAGAAGUCCAUGCUGGUUCAGCGCCUCGUGGCACCACCAGCACAUGUCUUACCUUCCUUCCGUCCCAUCUUGCCCAGGCCAUCACUAUUGCAGCCACAGGUCCUACCUCUGCCAAUGUCAUCAGAGUCCCAAGGGUGUCAUGAUCUUCCUUUGUAUCUUCAGCAACAGCAGGAGCAGAUAAGGCAGCAGCCACAAAAUCAGCCCACAAAACUGGUCUCUAUGGACAGGCCUUCUUCAGUUCAGACAAAAAGGCCUGCUCAGCCCCAGGGUCAUCAGGUCAGCAAAAAGCAAGGGGUGGGUCAUGAGCUACCUGGCUGCCCUCCACUGCUGGCUGUGGAUGAUUGGCAUGUUGUGCCUGCGUAUGACAACGAUGAUGAUGUAGUGGAAAUAAUUUGUAUAGAUGAUGACUAACAGCUGUGAAUGCAACACAUCAUCUUAAAUAAAGCUAGCAUUCUUAUCAGGGGAUGCCUUAAUUAUGCCUUUCUGAAGUCACAGUGAGUGUAGAAGAGAUGGAUGUAAAGUUGAUAGUUUUUUUUAACUUUGCCAUUUAAAAUGUAUAGAGCCUUUAAAGGCUACUCUUUUGGUGAACCUCCAUACUAAAAGUAACAAUGAGACUUCUUUUAUACAUUAAGUGUUUCCUGCACCUCUUUGCCGUUGAUGUUUCUUUUAUCUACUUACUUUUCUUUGCCUCUAACAUUGCAUACAAAUGGCCAUAGAGAUCAGCUUGUCAUGUUUACUAGGGUUGUAUGUUUGUUUUCUGACCUGCUCUUUCCUGUUUUUUGUUGCUGGUGUUGUUUUUGAUUUGAUCCAUUUUUGGAUAAGAUAUAACAUCAGCACAAUGAGUUGGUAGUGUGCAACUAACAUGUAUUUAAGUUUGGUGAAGGAAUAAACAUGUCUGUAAUUAUUUAGUUAUUGAUUGUAUUUUCCUUAAAUUACUUUGUUUUAAGAUAUGUCUUAACAUAUGCAGACUUAAAAGACUCAGACAUCAUAUAAUGCAUGUACAAUUUUCAGACUGACAAAAUCAGCGCACAUCAGCUUUCCUAGUGGAAAACAUCUAAUUUGAAUGAACUAUACAUAAGUACAUUUGGUUACCUUUUGCUUUGAAUUUCUAAGACCUGUGGUUUCUUAGAUGGUGCAGAAUGUUUGGUUGGAGAAUAAGAGUGGAUGCAUAUGUACGUGCUUGUAAUAUUGUAUAUAUUCAUGGAUGCAGAUGAUUUAGCACUGUAUUGCUAUUUACCUGUCCUGAGAGUGAUAGCAUCUGAUACUCCAGUGGAGGGGAGUGGGGACAUGCCCCUUAAGCUAAAACCUGUAGAUUUGAAUGUAGGUGAGCACAAAGAGGUAAUGCAGUUUAUAAGCAGCCAGUAAUAUGGUAGUUUGCAUCCAGAUCUUUAUUAAUUUUUUUUCUUUCUAUGUAUAUGAAGGGCAUUAAAUUUUCUUGAUGCUGACAGUGAUAAAAUAACAUUGCCAGUAUGACAUGAUGCAGUCCUUGUA